AUGAGUGCAGUGGGCCAGGCCAGAUUCCUACUAACCCAAAUAACUCGAUCAGCACCAAGUACCUUAUCAUUUGGAAAACGUGGUUCGCAUAAUUUGUGGUUUCCUGAUGCCGAAUUUAUGCAUGAAUUCAAGAAAGCAAGUGUUGUUGGACGAGUAUGGAUGCCUAAAUCAACAGAGUAUGAAAAAAAUGUUGGAAUUGAUCAAAUAUUUGAGAAAUCAAGUUGGCAGCCUGUUGUGUCUGACUUAACUGAAAUGCAUGAAAAGCCAUUGCAUUAUUACUUAUUGAAUUUUGGACCGCAGCAUCCAGCGGCACAUGGAGUUCUUCGUCUCAUACUCGAGUUGGACAAUGAAAUGGUAAUGAAGGCGACUCCACAUAUUGGUCUUUUGCACCGUGGUACAGAGAAACUAAUCGAAUACAAGACUUAUACCCAAGCCGUGCCAUAUUUCGAUCGCAUGGAUUACGUAUCGAUGAUGUGUAACGAAACAGCAUUUGCACUUGCUGUUGAGAAAUUAUUAGGAAUUGAUAUUCCGCCAAGAGCUAAAUUUAUCAGAACUCUGAUGAAUGAGCUUACUCGUAUACAAAAUCAUCUGAUGGGUGUGACAACACAUGCUUUGGAUGUCGGUGCGAUGACUCCUUUAUUUUGGAUGUUUGAAGAACGUGAAAAGAUGUUUGAAUUUACUGAGCGGGCGUGCGGUGCUAGAAUGCAUUCAAAUUAUGUGCGUCCAGGAGGUGUUGCAUGGGAUUUACCACUUGGUUGGAUGGAUGAUGUAUACGAUUGGGCAUUAAGGUUUCCACAGAGACUGGAUAUGAUGGAAGAUCUGUUAACAGGCAAUCGCAUCUUCAUGUCAAGAACUGUAGACAUCGGACUUGUUAAAGCUGAGGAUGCUUUGCUUUGGGGCUUUUCUGGUGUUAUGCUUCGAGGAUCCGGUAUUAAAUGGGAUAUACGUAAAGCACAACCGUAUGAUGCGUAUGAUCAAGUGGAUUUCGACGUUCCUGUUGGUGUAAAAGGAGACUGCUACGAUAGAUAUUUAAUAAGAAUGGAAGAAAUGCGGGAAAGUGUGAGAAUUAUUUUUGAAUGUUUGAAUAAGAUGCCUGCUGGUGAAAUUAAAGUUGACGAUCAUAAAGUGGUUCCUCCUAAACGUGCUGAAAUGAAGCAAAAUAUGGAAUCGCUGAUACACCAUUUCAAAUAUUACACCGAAGGUUAUCAGGUACCACCUGGCGCUACUUAUGUUCCAGUUGAAGCCCCCAAAGGAGAAUUUGGUGUUUAUUUGGUAUCACACGGUGAAUCAAAGCCUUAUCGAUGUUUUGCUCGAUCACCUGGAUUUCCACAUCUUGCUGCAAUUGAUGACAUAUGUCACUUGUCAAUGUUAUCGGAUGUUGUAGCGGUUAUUGGUACUUUGGACCUUGUUUUCGGAGAAAUUGAUCGAUAA